GCUGGGAUGGAGCGCGCCCUGGCCCGCUGGCCUUGGCCGCAGCUCCUCGGGAGAGCCGAGGCGCCCGCGCGAGAACCUCCCUACCUGGGUCUCUCUUCAAGGAUGACAUCAUCCGUUUGCCUCCCUGUCUUCAAGGACCACCUCUGGAUGCCAAGUUGAUGCCAAGGUUCUUGCUGCUCACCUCCACCUCAUGAGCAUGCUAGGAGCAUGGAUUCCUGGAUGCCACCAGCAUACAAAGCAGCCACUGGCAGUGACCCCCAGGGACCAGGACGACGAAGGAUGAAGAGGACCAGAACUGACCAGCUGUCCCUCUUGGCUAACGGCUUAAACCAAUGCCCUAGUGAGGGGGCGUUGGUCAUUAACGCCGGACCUUUGCUAUGCUUCUGCCUUGGUGCUAUGACUGCUUUUCUAUGUGUCUCUGCUUGUGUUAACAUGUCAGCGACCUGGAGGGUUUCCAACCCCAGGGAGGUGUCAGUCUUUCUCAGUCCACCCCGUUGUUACCCCCGUGAUGUUCUGAAUGGAAGGGUCCCUUUGGGAACUUCUCAGGAGGGGGACCUGGGCCAAGGGCUUAACCAGCAUCUCACUGGCAAUUCCAAGGCCCGGGGUGGGCUUCUGGAAUGAGCAUGUGCCCCACGCCAUGCUACUGAACUGCCAAGGGCAUCCCCACCACCUUUGAGAUCACCCUGUCCUUUCUGGGGAACGGGGUUGAGAAGAGCAACCUCCCAGGGUGUUGUGAGUAUUGAAUGAGUCCAAGCAGCCUCGGGUAGGGCCAGGCAUAGAGGAGGCAGUCAACAAAUGUUUGUUGAAACAGUUUGGUUGGCCAGUCCAUCCCUACCCCUCUCACCUGUCUUACACCUCUUAUUUAUUCUCCCACAGCGCUCUGGACAGCCCUAGUCCACGGGGCUCUCCCUGCACCAGCCAAGCUUCUCGAAAGGCCUGUCUACACUCGCUGUCUUCCUUCCUCACCUCCAAUUUCCUCUCCAACCCACUGCUUCCUGACCUCUUCUACUCCGCUGAUCGGCUGUCACUAAGGUAAUGACUUUUCUGGAGGUUAACCCUGGACACGUUUCCGGCUCAUGGGCACAUGACACACAGACACGUAUCCAGUGUUUCUCUCACAUUUUCCAGCUCCAGUCACUUCUCUUGACAGACACGCCCCUGUAGACUUCACAGAGUCACCUGCUCCUGGCCUUCCUCCUUCUUAGUUUCUCUUAGGAACUGGAGUAUCCAGACCCCUCACCUUCUAGAACCUGCCUCUUAGCAGCUCACCCUGGGUUGGAGUCUAAACCACCUAGAGCUGAGGCCUUGGGGUAGGUCAGUUUUUUCCAAGCCACCUUUUUCUCAGUUGCAGAAUAGGGUGUCUUUACCUGGCAGGUCAGGUGGGCAGUCUUGCAGGUAAGAUUUUAAGUCCCACUAUUUGAGGGACUUGAAAUAAGUUCAAUAAAGUGUUCAUGAGAAAAUACAAUUGGGGUCAUCAUCAGAUUUUCUUGUAGGUUAAGUUCCCACAGGGAGGACCAAAGAGAGAAGAAAGAAGUGGGGGGAGGGGGCAGUGGGAGAGAAAGAAGCAAAGAAUAGAAAAAGGCACCAAAGACAAAAAAGUAGCAAAGGGAGACUCAGAAAAUAUGAAAACCCACCAAAAAAAAAAAAAAAACCCCACAUCCAGAGAAAGGGGUUUCUUCUUGGGUUAGGCAAAAAGAAAGUAAACAGGAAAAAGGUUUAAAAUUGAUUAUCCCAGUGACAAAUCCCAGGAAGCUUUCAAAUCAAAUUGCCCCAUUUUGGGUUUUUAACUCCUUCUAUCAGGUUUAACCUCUUUACCUCCUGCAUCCUGGUUAAACGCUCCUCAGCCCCCUCGGCUGGUGAUUAAAUCCCGAAGCUACACGGAGUCUUUCAAUGAAUGAAUGGCCAACAGAAAGAGCCCUCCCCCUCCCCCCAGCUGUGUUUUUCAGUUUUAUUCCACUUUCCGCCCUUUUCCGUUAAUGAACACAGGGCUAAUCUUGGGCCUUGUCAAGGAAGAGGCUGCAGACGUUAAUGAGGUAGCUGCUGGAUUCCAAUAUUCGCCUCAUAAGGAGCCUUCUUUGUCUGGGAAGGAAAAACACACUGAUUAUCAUAAUAAGUGCCGCAGGGCCGCGGCCGCAGGGCACGGGCUACGUGGGUCUGAAGCCACACUUCUAAUUUUGGUGCUGGAGCCCAGGAUUCAUUUUGCUUCCCAUUUAAGUCUCUGCCUCUGUCCCAGCUCGCAAUCCAUUGAGCGGAGUGGAAAGUUGCAGGCAGCUUUGGGCCACAGAGAGGGCUGCUUUGCAGAAAGUUCUUUUGUUCGACCCUACACGCAGACCAGCAAUGGGCCAGGGCGUUUCAGGUCUCUGGGAUCCGUUUUCCAAAAGCAGAGAGAUGGGGGUGCACGUUUCCAACUCUGCCUCACACCAGCCUUGUUUUUAGGACUCACUGGUGUUGAGGCUUUAAGAUCCCCAAAUGGUAGAAAAGGCUUAGGCAUAGACCCCGUAGAAUGAUCACAGGGUCAGUGCCUGUGGAAUGCUCCUUCCAGGUCAGGAAAUGGAUGGGUAUUGGUACUCCAGUCCCCCCACCAAGGGAAGGGCACGGUUGGGGCUCACAUUUGGCCCCCACAUAGGAUGAGAGGGAUGAGAGGGCCAGCUAUUUGUCAGGACCACUCAGAUCCAGCACCAGAACCUGUAGUCACUCCUUUUACCCCCUAAAUGUGCCCCUCCCAUAUGUCCUGCACGCCCCCCCCCCCCUCCAAUUCUCCCUUUCUGUCCUGAUUCUUGGACUCCCAGGAGCCCACGAAUGUCUUUAUUUUUAAUUGUUAUUACCUUUUUUUUUUGGCCGCACCCUGCGGCAUGUGACAUCUUAGUUCCCAGACCAGGGAUCGAACCCGCGCCACCUGCAUUGGAAGUGCGGAGUCUUAACCACUGGACCACCAGGGAAGUCCCCCAGUAAUGUUUUUAGAGCAAGUGUGCCUGAGUUGGAAACUUGCCCUUAUGAAUCCUGAGUUCUGGAUGUUUCUCACCCCAAGGCAGAUCAAUCAAGAUGAGAUCACUCCAAUUAAAGUUCAGCCUCUACCCAGACCUUCAGCCAAAUGGGGAAAAAAAAACAACUAAGGGAAAAGUGAGGUGUUUGGUGCAAGAAAACUUUUAGUUGAAAACUUCCUUAACUUACUUGUUGGCUAAAGGUUCCCUGGCAUUCAUGGAUCAGAAUUUGAUGCUCUUUCCAAGUUAACAAAACCAACCCUCGUCCAGCCCCCUAAAUGAAAAUGUUGAAGGAGGCCCAGGUGGCCAGUUGGGACAACUCCACUCCUUUUGGUGGCGGUGACCCAGAUGUUGCCUGGACUUGGGGACUGGAUGAGGGUGGGCACCUCUGAGAAUAGGGAUCCCACAAAAACCUACACUCCUCCGUGCACUUUUUGGAGAGUAAAAUAAUAGAGCAGUUCCUGGUGUUUCUAAAAGAGGAUUUAUUUUAAAUAGGAAAAAAAAAAAUAACCCAUAGGACCCUUUUCACCCUCACAUACAUACUAAUUAAAAUACAUGUCCCAAAGUCAUUAAUAUUCCAGCACUUGAGAACCUGGGGAGCGGGUGGAAGGCAGUUGAAUUCAACUUCUGGGGCCACCAGCAGAGGGGUCUGUGCUACUUGCUCUUGAGUGUAUGGCAGCCUGUUUUAACCUGCAUCCUUGUUUCUGUGGUCCCCCUUCUGUGCCUGGACGGAUGCUGCUCCCAGCUGCCUGUGCACACGGGACCCCUGUGCCCCACUCUUACAGCCCAGAGGUCCUGUCAGGCUUCCUGAGUGGGCCCCGUGACUCCCAGGGCCCACUGGUCUCAGCAUCCACCAUUAAGUCAAUCCCAGAGGCUCAGGAGAUCCCCUCGACACCAAUUCUUCUGAUUUUCUUUUUUUUCUGCUUUUAUUGCCCCCUUUUCUCCAUCUACCUUUUCUUCUCUACUCCAUCACCAUUUCCUCAUCUGGGCCUCUGGGGGUGUCCUAGGCCAGCCACUUCUCCUUUGGGUGUCCCAGCACCAGCCUGGCACAAAGUGGGGUUCAGUAAGAGUAUGUGGGAUGUAUGUUUGGACAGGUGAGUCAAUGAAGGAACUUGACUGCCAUACUUGAGCUGCUAGGCGGGAGUUGUUGAGGAUGCAAAAAGUUUUAGGUCAAAAGGGUGGAGGGUGGAUGUCCUUUUACCGAGAGGAGUGGGCGUUGCCCCACCCCCAGCCCCAUUUGAGUGGGGGCUCACCAGUCUCACCCCUUCGUUCACUCAUGCGUCCAUCCCGUCAUCCAACAGUUGAUCCUUACUGAGCAAGCCCACGGCCCGGCCCCGGGCUGGGCACCUGCCACCCUAGCGCAUCCCUUGAUGGCCUCUGCGUCCCCGGGGGGUGGCGGGCCAGGGGGUUGCUUCUGCCCAGGGUGGCCUCGUGGCUCCCGGGCGCGGGAGCAGCGGACUCCCGCUCUGCAGGCAAGGCAGGCGGGGUGGGGUGCGAGGGACGGGCCUGGUUUGGCCGGUUGGCCCCCUUUUAAUUCAAACCCCGGGGGGCGGGCGCGGGCCGCGAACCUGCCCUUCUCCAGGGCUCGGCCGCAGGUCCCAGCCAGCCCCUCCGGCCCUCUUGGCCUCCCACCCCAUCCCGUAGCUGAGUGCUCAUGGCUGAUCUGGACCCCCACACCUGAAGUUCAGGACCGAGGUGGCGGCACAGGGGCAGCUGUGGUGUGUGUCCCCUUGGGCUCUGGCCACACAGGUCUCCCUCUUGAGUUGGGGUCCGUGAGCUGGACCCCUCCCUCCAUGAUGCCUUCCUCCCCCUGGGGCUAAAUCCAGCUCCUUUGCCCCCCCCACUUGUGGGCUGGGCCAUGUCCAAUGUCGAGGGCCCCUGGCCGGGAACCUCCAGGGAGCACUGCAGGCUCCGGCUCUGCCUGCCUGGCGGCCCCUCCUCUGCCCCCCCCCCCCCCCCCCCCCCCGCUUGCUAGGCUGACUGCCCACCUGGGGCUCUGCUUGCCCGACCUGACCCAUUUCCCCUUCUCUGUGCCCCAGUCACUGGGCUUGGGACCCUCUGGGUCUCACCCAUCCAGCCCUCUGCCUAACAGGCUGGUUUUCCUGGCUGAGCCCACACCUGUGGUUACCUGGCCCUGCCUGCUGCCCCGCCCACCUCCCAGCUGCUUGCCUUUUGCCUGCCUCUCCCCCAGGGCAAGGAGGCCCUCCCCCUCGGGGUCUCCCAAGUUUCCGGUUGGUCUCCAGUGCUCAUGGCACAAGCCCCGCUGGCAAACCACCUCCCCUACCAUCCUCAGAGGCCCCCUCCCAUGGGCCUGGCCUCCCAGGCUCUGAGUGCCCGUGGGCUGCAGCCAGACCUUUGUCCUGCUCCCUUCCCCCCACCCCAAGCCCCCCAGACCCCUUGUCAUCAUGUCCUACCGGGCCUGCCUGUACGGCCGUCCUGUACCCGCGAGUCCCAGGCUCUGCCUUGCCUGCGGCCUCAUGGCCGGUCUGGGGGCUGCCACCUGGCCUGUCGCUUCUCUUCUUGCACCUUUUCCUGUCAUUGCCAUCCCUACGCGCCACCUCCCUCCACCGAAAACCAGGCUGCAGGUCAGCCCGUCCUCGACACCCUGGCGGCGACAGUCGGCUGAAGAACUGGAUGGAAGAGGCAGAAGAGUUGCCCUGGACCAGCGCUCCUUCAGGACGGUCACCUGGCAUCUCAUGCCCACCUGGUGCCUCGCGACUCCCUCCUGGUUUGGGCUGAAGCUGUCUCGAAUCCUCUGUGGGACAUGACCGUGGACAUGCCACCCCAUUACCCUCCAGCUCCGAAAUCGGCAGACUAGGAUGGCCUAGCUGGGGGGCCCUUCAAAGGGCCAAGGAGAAAACGCGGGCCAAGAGACCAGCCUCUCAAACGGGCUUCGAGCUCCAAUGACCUUCGCUUACCUUCCCCCCCUUGAAAUGUCUGGAAAGCGGAAUGGACAGAUUUUCUGUCUUCAAAGUUUCCGGCUAAACCUCUUCAAGUUCUUUAUUGUUUGGGACUGAGACACUCAGCAAUGGUAAUGGGUAGUUCCUUUUGUAUUUGCCUUGAAAGGCCAAAAUAUUUUUAUAUGGCUACAGACAAAGCCGUCUGUUUUAAGAUGAACUCUAUGUCCGUCGUUUCCCACCGGGGAGAUCGUGUAUACCGUGUGUGUCUCUGUGCACUCUCGGGUCUUGAAACAGGUUUCUCACGGGGAUGGCCAUUCACAGGGGUCCACGGGGAAGCACCUGCCCCGCCAAGGGGGCCUGGGGACUCUGACCCUCGUCUGUGUAGGAUGUGAGCCCCGGGGAGUGGGGGGUGUUCUGGCUGCACUAACAUGUACUCUGCCUGUGCCUGCAUCUGCCAUGCAUAUGUGUCAAGGACUGUGGGUUGUGCGCACCUUGGUGGUUAACUUGGUGGGAAGAAGCUGGAAGGUCAUAGAUACUGUGAAUGUUCUAUUGUUCUGGUUGGGAGGUCAUUUUGCUGGGCUCUGUUACCUGGUCCAAAUAAGUGAAUGGAUGAAUAAAUGAAUGAAGGCAUGAAAGAGUGAAGAAACUAAUAAAUAGGUAAGGAAGUGUACCCUGAAGGAGAUCCAGUUUGACGCACAGGAGAUCAAUAGAUAAGUCAAUAAAGCAUUGAAUCAGUAUAUAAAUCGGGCCACACAGGAACCAAUGUCAGGUCAUCGUGGACUAAGGAACACGUGCAAUUCAAGUAUAUAGCACCUAAAGUUUGCCCAUAAAAGAAUAAAACCUAGAUGAAAGAAUGAAUAAGAAGUCGAGAUGCAUAAACCAGUGGUGAGGGUGAGAUUAUGCGGCCCAUCAAAGUGAAAAGAUGCAAGAGAAAGGGCACAAAUGAUUGAAAGGAAGAAGAAAAAUGGAAAGACGCAAAAUAAUUAAUAAGAAGGAAGAUAACUUUUAAAAUUAGGGGGUGAGAAAAUAUAUAAGGAGGACUAUGUCAGGUUAUUAUAAGCCAAGCAUUAGGAUUAGUCCAACUACAUGCUCCAGACAUAGAAAAAAAGAUAAACAACAGAGGAAGAGUUCAAAAGAUAGUUAAAACCGAAAAAGGACCCAGGGGACCAGAGAUGAGAGUUAACUUUAACCAAAUUUUUCUAACUCUGGGCACACAUAAAUAAAUAAACACUGAAAUGAAAGAAAGCAAAAAAAAAAAAAAAAAAAAAAAAAAGGAAAGGAUGGGAUGAAUGAAUGAGCAGUGGACAUCUGUGGACCCACAUGGGAGCAUGGCAGGAGGGGUUUUGAGUCCUCCAGUCCUGGGACCUGAGGUCUGUUCCAUGAAAGGAUUAGAAAAGAGAGAGAAUAAAAUAAAACAUCUAAAUAAAAAUCAAGAAAUAUGGAAGAAAAAGUAACAAGUGUUCAGUCCAGGAAUACAUUAGUGGGUGAAUAAAUAAACAUAUAAAAGACGGCAGUGCUAGGAGUUGAGUAAUAGACUGUCAUGAAUCAAGGGUUAUGGUUAGUCCAAUUCUAAAAGCCACAGUACUAUCAAAAAAUAAUAAGUAUCUCCAUAAACAAGUGAAUGAGUAUCUAAAGAAGCAAAGACAUGAUGGCGUGAGGCGGGGAGGGGCCAUGGCCACAGGCACUCCUGAGGGGCCUGUUGGAAGGUUGUAAUUAAUCCCCCCCACUGUCUGGGCACCAAAGAUCCAGGAGAAUGAAAGAAGACAGAUGAGAAAAAGUGAGAAGGGAGGAGAUUUGGAAAGCUGCAACAAAAGAGAGAAAGAAAGAGUUAAGAGGUGAUAAAUGGGUAUAUUCUUGGAAGAGGGUUAGGCUAGGAGUGAUAAUAAGGGGCCAGCCCAAACAGUAGAUCACAAUGGGUCAAAAUCUGGGCACCCAUUCCAUUAGUAGAGGAGUAUAUACCUAAUAAGAAGAAAAGAACAGCAGGAAGGAAGAAUGGUGUGAAUGAAGGAAGGAAGGAAGGAAGGAAUGAGACAUGGAGCUGCAGGGCCCCAGGAUGCCGUUUGCAGGUAACAUUAGGAUUCAUCAGUUCGUGGCACCUGAGCUCCGAAGAAUGAAAGAAUGCAAGAAAGAAAGAGUGAGAGAGUGAAAGAGAGAAACAGUGAAAAUGGGAGAGGAAUGACAAAUCAGAGAUCAAAUUAGAAAUGAAAAAGGAAAAAAGGAGAAAGGUAAUAUAUUAACAGACAGAUAGAUAAAUACAUAUAUAGGAGAGAGCAGUUCUAGGAAUAAGAAUGAGAGGGGGGCCUGAACCAAGCACAGUGAUGAAUUCACAUCUGGGCUUCUGAGAUGGGCCGCCACCCACCCAACCAAGAGGCAGUUCAAAGCUGAAAUACAUAAGGGAGGACCUCAGUGAGGCCAGGGAGGGGAGGGCCCACUGCUUGUAGAUUAUCAUGUAUCCAAUUAGGUGCCCCUGCCAGCUAGAAGUGUAAAAACAAUCAUCAAAAAGAAAGAAAACCUGAAUGGAUGCAUGAAUGCAUGAAUGAAAGAGUGAAUGAGAAAAAAGAUUUGCAGUGACCAAGGAGGCUGGUCUUGCAGGGGGUGUUAGGAUUCAUCCAGUCCCUGGUGCCUGAGCUCCAAGAGAAGGAAAGGCAGUAAAAAAAAAAAAAAGGCUGAAAGACUGGUAGAAAAAAACAAUUGAGAUUGGAGAAAAAAAUAAAACAAUUUAAAAAAAGGAGUAAAGAAGGUAAUAAAUAAGUCAUACAGUGAAGUCUGUGAGAAGGGACUGGUUUAGCACAGACCAUCCACAUGAAUUCAAAUCUCUGGCCCCGAAGUUGAUAAAUAAUAAAAACAAUCGCAUAAGUAAAUGCCUGAAGGAAUAAAUUCACACAUUCCAUGAGAAUGUGAGAAAAAGUUUGAAAAAUUGUAGGAGGGACUGGGAGAAAGAAAGAUGUAGGAAAAGAAAAGAAAAUAGACCUAUGGAAGAAGAGGCACUUCCUGGAUAAGUACUUACAUAUAAUAAACAAAUAUUAUUCAUUAAAUACAAUCACUAGUAAGAGCUGAGGUUCAUCGUAAAGAAAGAAUAAGUAGAGGGAUGGCUGUGUGAACAAAUGAAUGAGAAAGAUGAUUUUGAUUAAUUCACGUCUGCACCCGAGGCUCACGAGAAUAAAAGAAUGCAAAAAAGAGAGCGGUGAAGGAGGGGCGUAGACAAUUAUGACAGGAUGGAUAUUAGCAAUAAAAACAUAUUGAAGGAAUAAAUCAAUACGUACAUAAAUCUACGAGAGAGAGGGCCAUGUUAGAACAAAAAAACGAGAAGGCACCGCGAGCCAGGAAUUAUGACUGAUUCAAAACUGGGCUCUUGAGAUAGUUAAAUAAAUCCUCAACCAAAUCACCAGUAUGAGGAAUUAACAAACAAAAGCGAGCCCCACAUGGACCGGUGCUGGGAAGGCUCCGGGAACCACAGAUUAUGGUUAAUCCAAUUCUGUGCACCUGAGGUCCAUAAAUAAAAGAAUAAAUAUUGAAAUAAAAGAGUGACAGAAAGAAUGAAUGGACCCAUGAACAACUGAAUUAGAAAUGGAAAUGCCUGGAACGGCCAGGAGCGUGUCGCCCAUGGGAUUGUCACUCAUCUCACUCUGGACACCUGAGGUUCCUAAGAGUGAAAAGAUGCAAGAAAAAAAAAAAAAAAACACCAUCAGGGAGUCGAAGAAAGAGGUGAGGGAAGGCAAAGUGAAACUAAGUGAAAGAGAAAGGCGGGGUGGGGGAGGGACUAAUAAAAAGCUAAUGAAGACGUGGGUGUGUCUGGGAGAAGGAUGUGUUAGGAUUAGGGAUGAGGUCAUCAAUCCUAAUGAUGGAUGAGAUCAUCCAAUCCCCUUUUCUAGGGCAAGGGAGGAUGGAGAGAUUAGAAAAAUAAGAAGUGAAAAAAGGAGAAAGGAAGGAUGAUAAACCCACAACCAAGGUGAUAAAUGGUUAGUUAAGAGAGGUUGUCUUAACAGGGAUUAUAAUUAGUUUACAUACGUACUCCUUAAAUAGAUAAAUACAUCACACCUUUCCAAGAGUAAAUGAAAAAUAGAGGAAAUACCCGACCCAAAGACAAGGCUGCAUCUUCCAGCCUUUUAUCAUCUUUAUGUAAUAAAAUAUAUGCAAUUGAGGUCCAUAAAUAAAAGAAUAAAUAGCAAAGUGUAAAAGGCGACUAAAGGCAGGGAAGAAAGAUAGCAAAGGCAAAUAAACACAUGGGCCAAUGAUGGUUAUUUUGCACAUGGAGUUUUGACUAAUACAAUUAUUUCCCAGGAGACUGAUAAGUAAAAGAAUACCCAAAAUAAGAAAGAAAGGAAGGGCAAAUACAUUAGUGCGUCAAUGAAUGAAUGAGUGAAUGAAUGAGAGGUGGUGCUGCCUGGACCAGGGACAGUAGGAUGUCGCACGCGGGAGCCUGAUUCGUCAUCCUUCUGUGCACCUGAGUUUGUAAGAAUGAAGGAACGGAAGGAAGAGUGAGAGAGAGGGAGAAAUACGAAAGAAAGGAAUAAGGAAUAAAAAUAAUGUAUAAACGAAUAAAUAGGAGAAGGGAGAGCUUCACGAACGAGGGGCUAUGAUUAAUUGAAAGUCAUGCUAUUGAAGUCGGUAAAUAAAGGCGUCAAAUCUAAAUGAAUGAACGAAUGAGUGACUGGAAGAAAUGGAUGAAUGACAGGAAGGAAGUGAGGGAGAGAGGAAGGAAGGAAGGAGGGAAGGAGGGAAAGAAGGAAAAAGGAAGGAAGAGAUAGUAGGCAGAGAGGGAGGGAGGACUCUUCCAGUUUGGGGUCCCUGGGUUCCCGCCAGCUGAAGGGAGUGGGUACCAGGGAGGGGUGGCUCUUGGCAUGUUGUGUGCUUGUUACCUGCACUUUCUUGGCGGGGAGGAGGUGGCCCAGGAGGACCCUUGCCUUGGAGCGCCACUGUCACACCCUGGCUGUGGGGGCCAUCUCACUUCAUUGCUCUCAUUCUCAGUUUCCCCAUCUGUAAACUCGGAAUGGCAUCCGCUGCCCGCUUGGAUGGAUCGUGGGGCAAAUGCUGUCCUGCGUGUUGGCAGUGCCCCGUCUAGAGCCCUGGAGAGGCGGAAGGGCUCAGGCCCCGGGCCCUGCCGAAGGUUGUGGGAACUGGGCGUGGGUCACCUGCGAGGGAGGCUUUUCCCGCCAGGGGGCAGCAGAGGGUCAGGGAGCAGGAGGCCCUGGGGGCUGUGUGGGCCCCGCCUGCUGCGCUGCCCUGGGAGGGGCGCCACUCACAUCCAGGGCCUGUGCAGGUGGCUUGGGAAGCGGCCAGUAGGGGCCAGAUCACCAGAAAUCGUGUUCCCGCAACUUUCCGAAAUGUGCCCGGGAGCCCUCCAGCCCCCAGGGUCUUCUACGGGGUGGGCUGCCUUCCCUUCUCAAGUCAGGGGGUCCCGGGGCAGGUGCCUCUCAGCCCGGGGUUUGCAGAAGUGGUCCCAGGAUCCCGGGCCCCUCGCCCUGGCCUCCCCAGAGCCCGUUUCAAGGCCUUGCUGUCUUCUCGACUGUUUUCCGAUGUACUCUCUGUAUUUCGGCAGAAAGCGCGUUUGCACUGUGUUGUUGAACUUGUCCUCUCCCCUCCUGACCUGCCUUCCCCCGCACCCCCCCCCGCCCCCCCGCCGGGGUUGGGGGCUGUUUGUACUGGCGCUUCCGACCCCAGGGACGCCCUGGUUCUGUGCAGUCUCCUUUCUCUGUACCGGACAGGAUUUGUGCACUUGUGUGUUGUGUGCCUGUGUUUGUCUCUAAAAAUGAGGACCAGAGUCCCUCUGGACUUCUUGAUUCCUAUCUGGGACAUUAAAAAAAAAAAUUGGAUGCCUAAAGAGUGCCCUGAGCAGGAGGAGCCCGCUUGGCGGGACCCAGGAUUCGAGGCUGGGAGAGCGGGGCGCCCAGGGGCGUCGGGUGCAGCUGGGGCUAGUGUUCCGCCUGGUGGGCGGGAGGUGAGGGGAUGGUUCGUGGCAGGGGGGUUACACUCCAGUCGGAGCAGCU